AUGUCGCUCAACGACCUGUCACAGGGCGCCAUCGCCCAGAUGAUCCAGUCUGCCGAUCCCGCCAGCUCAGUGCAGAACCCGGUCUGCCAGAUCCUCAGCAUCAAAAAGAUCCAGGCCAGCGCCACUUCCGCAUCCAACGUGGGCGACCGCUACCGCAUCAUUGUCUCGGACGGUGUGCACUACGCUCAGGCCAUGCUUGCCUCGCAGAAGCGUUCCAUGGUCGAAUCCGGCGAGCUCGAGAAACACUGCCUCAUCCGCGUCUCGCAGUACGCCAGCAACUCGGUGCAGAACCGACGCAUCCUUAUCCUCCUCGAUCUCGAGGUCGUUCACAAACCCACCGCCGAGCGCCUCGGCAACCCUACUAAUGUCGACGAGGUCGUCAAGACCGAAGGCGGUGUCAAGCAGGAGAACGGCGGCGGCGGUGCUAGCGCGCUCGGCAACAGUGCACUCGGCAACAACUCUUCCGCCGGCAGGACCACGCCUGCCACCUCAGCUGCGGGCGGUGGCGGGAAAGCAGGAGGAGGGGGCGGUCGUCCCGGCGGCAGCAGCAUCCACGCCGGUAUGCCCAUCUACCCCAUCGAAGGUCUGUCGCCCUACCAGAACCGCUGGACGAUCAAGGCGCGCGUCACAUCCAAGUCGGACAUCCGUCACUGGUCCAACGCGCGUGGCGACGGCAAGCUCUUUUCGGUCAACUUGCUCGACGACAGUGGCGAGAUCAAGGCCACGGGCUUCAACGAUGCCGUCGACCGCUUCUACCCGCUGCUGCAGGAGAACCACGUGUACCUGAUCUCCAAGGCGCGCGUCAACAUUGCCAAGAAGCAGUUCAGCAACCUGCAGAACGAGUACGAGAUCACGUUUGAAAACUCGACCGAGAUCGAAGAGUGCACCGACGCCACGGACGUGCCCGAGGUCAAGUACGAGUUUGUGCGCAUCAACGAGCUCGAGAGCGUCGAGCCCAACCAGACGUGCGACGUGAUCGGCAUCCUGGACAGCUACGGCGAGCUGAGCGAGAUCGUCUCCAAGGCGUCGCAGCGACCCGUGCAGAAGAGGGAGUUGACGCUGGUCGACCAGGGCAACCGCAGCGUGAGGCUGACGCUGUGGGGCAAAAACGCAGAGACGUUCCCCAACAACGCCGGCGUCGACGAGAAGCCGGUGAUCGCGUUCAAGGGCGUCAAGGUGGGCGACUUUGGCGGACGUUCGCUGAGCAUGUUUUCCAGCUCGACCAUGCUCAUCAACCCGGACAUCACCGAGUCGCACGUGUUGCGUGGAUGGUUUGACAACGACGGAGCACACGCGCAGUUCCAGCCUUUUACCAAUGCCGGCGUCGGCGGUGGAGCCAUGGGCGCAGCGGGCGGAGCGGGCGGCAACCUGGCCGAACGACGCAGCAUCGCCCAAGUCAAGGACGAGAACCUGGGCAUGUCCGAGAAGCCAGACUACUUCAACGUGCGCGCCACAGUCGUGUACAUCAAGCAGGAAAACCUGUACUACACGGCGUGCCCCUCGGAAGGCUGCAACAAGAAAGUCACCCUGGACCACGAAAACAACUGGCGCUGCGAGAAAUGCGACCGCUCCUACCCGGCCCCAGAAUACCGCUACAUUCUCUCCACCAACGUCGCCGACGCCACCGGCCAGAUCUGGCUCUCCGGCUUCAACGAGGACGCGACGAAACUCAUCGGCAUGUCUGCGGGAGAGCUGCACCAGCUGCGCGAAGACAGCGAGUCCGAGUACAAUGCCGUACUGCACCGCGCGGCCAACCGCAUGUACCUCUUCAACUGCCGCGCAAAGAUGGACACGUUCAACGACACCGCCAGGGUGAGGUAUACCAUUAGUCGCGCCGCGCCCGUCGACUUUGCAAAGGCAGGCGCCGAGCUGGUGGAUGCCAUCCGGGCGUACAUGUGA